AAUCCAUUACAUUUUAACCCCAAACAAACCCACAGCUUUCACAUGGGUUGAACAGUUGUAGUAGUAGUUUUCACCUUUUUGUUUUUGUUUUUUUUUUUACCCUCUCCAAUCCCUUCUGGCAUCUGCACAAUCAGCUCAUCACAACCCAGUUUCAUUCUGAGUUAGGAAUAGGACUAGGACUUAGGAGGAGAGAGCUUUUAAAGAGGGAAGAUAAAAGAGAAACUUAAUGAACACGCCAAACUAAGUGGAAAGAUAGAAAGAAAGAAAGAAGGAAAGAAAAGUAACAGUGCAACUCUGGAAUUGGCAACUCACUGUGUUUCGAAAUUCGCAUCCUCUGUCAUAAGUUGAUCUGGAUUCCGAUCAUAUCCCAGAAGACUUUCCGGACGAGGAAGAAAAUGCUGGAAUAUGAGUGGGGAAAUCCGUCGACAAUAAUGCUCUCCGGCGACCAGCCAACACAGGAGGAUGACCCGGCCCGCCAGAUUUUCGAUUACUCGGCCGCCACAGCCAACCAACAGUCCUUCAACCAAACACUGCUUCAUCACCAAAACACCGUCAACGCCAACGUCAAUGCCUUUUCUCAACAGAAUCACUUUCAUAAUCCUGCCCAAGCCCACCUUCACUCUAUUUACGACCUACGCGCCUACUCCGGCGCGUCAGCUUACGGCAAUCCUCACCCAUCCUUGCCCUCCCUGGACUCUGUCUCCGGAGGAAGCGGUGGCGGCUACGUUAUAGUCCCGAAGAGAGAGGAAAUUACUGGAUCGCCUCUGGACUUCACCGCGAGAAUCGGGCUCAACUUGGGCCGGCGUACGUAUUUCUCUUCAGCCGAAGACGAAUUUGUCAACCGGCUCUACCGCCGGUCGAGAGCUGGUGAUACCGUUUUGACCAACUCUCCCCGGUGCCAGGCUGAGGGAUGUCAUGCCGACCUCACCCACUCCAAGCACUAUCACCGGCGCCAUAAAGUCUGCGAGUUUCACUCCAAAGCCGCCACCGUGAUCGCCGCCGGAUUGACUCAGCGAUUCUGCCAGCAGUGCAGCAGGUUUGAAAAUUUACUGAAAUGCCACUUACGUUUCACGGUAAACAUAGUCGUCAAUCAUACAGCGUCCCUCAGGCUGCUAGAGGAUGAGGAUAACGAUGUAGCACAUCGGAAUGACGGAAGUACCCCUCAAUGGUGUGCGAGGAAGCCAAUGAUUGGUGUCCCGUAUACGUGGGGUGAUCCCGAGGGCAUUUGUGUCCUUAAAAACUCCCUGUGCUUUCCGUUUAUGUACCGUUUGCCUUUUCUACUUAUAGCAGGAGAAGCUGUCAUUACCCGAAAGCCGAAACCAGUUCAAUGACAGAAACACCCUCCACGUAAAUUCAUAUUUUCCGUUCCGCUCUGUACACCAAAACCGGAAAGAUGACUGAGACGGGAAACGGAGAUGCCCCGGCAUUAUUUUAUUAUAUUUAUUUAUUUAUUUUUUACGUUUGAAGAGUUAGCUAUUUAACAAUCUUUUAAUAUUAUUCUUAAAUUAAAAAUUUUAAAUUAAUAAGUUUUAAUAUUACUACUAUAUAUUAUCUUAAACUAAUGAUUGGGUCUACCGUCGGGGGAAGGCGGUAAUCCGGAGGGCAUUAUCGUCCGUGCGUCAUAUACUAGGACACUUGGUUUCGUACUUUUUGAUUAAUUUUGGGUUCUUAAUAUUUGGACAGAUUCCAUCUUCUUUCAGAGUUUGAUAAUGGGAAGCGCAGCUGCCGGAAGAGGUUGGCCGAUCACAAUCGUCGCCGGAGGAAAUCUCUGAAACAACAGAAUCAAGAGAAUCAAAAAUCCAAGUCUGAAACUACCGGGACUACUUAUUCCACUGAUCAUAAUCUCCCAAAGUCCCCGCCAGAUUCUGGCGUUCAGGCUUCAUCCUCAGUGACUAUAGCUGUGUCGCCACCUCGAAUCUCGUUGGAUUGUUUCCGGCAAAGAACCAACCAUGCAACGGCAUCAUCUUCAUCAUCAAGUUCACUUUUUUUCUCAAAUGGGUAAUGAAUUAAAGCACCAAAAUGAAGAGGGGGGAUAGCCUAGUCUCUACCAAAUAACAACUUAUAAAUGCCUUUAAUUUCCCAGAAUUCAGUACUCUUUUGCAUGAAUUGGUGUUAGAAGACACUAACAUCGAUCAAAAGAGAAUCUGUUUGCCUUUUUUUUUUUUUCUUUUUUUUUCUUAAUAUAUGUUUCCCAUCUAUGUACCACUGUACGGGUGAAAAACUAUGUACUACCAUAGUAGUUAUAAUGUCCGGAGACAUUGGAUGGAGAAUGUGUACUUGAAUUUGGUUUUCCCAAAGCAAAUGAAUAUUAGGUUUCAGGAAGCUGUCAAGUUAAUUUAUUCCUCAUUUCGGGAUUGAUUGUAUUGUUAGAAGAAACAAUUCCCUGGUAUAUAGUGGGGCACUCGAUUUGUCAAUUAAGGACAAUUACUAGCCUCCCAAACCAAACACCCAUACGAUGGGAGGGAUCCCACCAGUAAGAUUAGCUCCACUCAUCUCCCUCGCUACCUCUCCAAAAACCCCUUUGUUCAGAAGGUUACCUAAGGCAAAAAUGAAUUCUCAAUUCUAGC